GGAAGGACUUUCUUGAAAAGAGAAACUCAAAAGCUUCUUCCUCGCUUAAAUUGAACUUUCGCUCCAUACGCAUUUCCCAAUUCGAUUCUCCAGUAAUGGCGGUAGUCUUUUGUGGUCCGCGAUCAUUAUCGUAUUCUCGUUUCAUGGCGAAGCACGCAUGCUCCUCGUUGCCCUUCCAGUGGCAUCGUACCCAUCUGAAUUGCACGGCAACCAUGCAUUGGAAGGCGCGAAGUGGGAUUAGGGUUCAAACCCUUAAUUUUUCCUUGCCUGAUCAUAAGGAUUUCCCUCGUUCCAUCCAGGCCAUUCGCGAUUACGAUGCACCAAUCGUUAAUGGAGACUCUUGGGAUGAGUUCAUUGUGAGCAGUGACACUCCUAUCCUCGUUGAGUUCUUUGCUCCUUGGUGUGGCCCCUGCAGGAUGGUCCAUAGGGUGAUUGAAGAGAUUGCAAGAGAGUAUGCUGGGAGACUCAAAUGCUUUAUACUUAAUACAGAUCAGGACCUGGAGAUUGCUGAUAAGUAUGGUAUCGAUUCUGUUCCAGUAGUUUUGCUGUUUAAGGAUGGAGAAAAACAACAAUCUUUGGUUGGAACUUUGCACAAGGAGCAUUAUGUGGCUGCCAUUGAGAAGCUUCUGAUCUCUUGAGGAACCUUCAACGUUUCAACUAAUGACCCACUGCAUUGUGUGUCUUCCAUUAGGUGAUUUGAUCUGAUCUGAUUUUUUGGUGAACUUGACUGGAUCUGUACAUUUGACAUUUUGUAACCCUAGAUUUGUCAAUGCGGGCAUCUCAACUAAGAGCACCAUUUGUACAUUUAUACUUUUCAUCACAAUAGGUAGAUUUCAGCCCAUUGGGAGUUGAUAUGGGUUAUUGUUAUUAUCGUCGUCAUUGCUCUCACAAGAUUAAUUUCCAUGCGUAUUCUGUAUCUUUAUAUAUGUUGCUUCAGUCACUGGGCUUCUGUACACUCUGUAACUCUAUAAAUGCAUGAUUGCGUUAUGUGAUCAAUAUAUUCUUUGUGAACUGAAAUAAAGCAGAACCUUGAAAGGACUUGUUUUCCUCCUUCAAA